UCAUGUGAGUAUGGGAAUCAUAAUUUUACGUGGCUUUUGUGCCGGUUGCCAGAUGACAAACAAAGAAAGGAAGAGUUUGGCCAUUUUAGGAGUGAAUGCUUGCGAUGCCUCCAAGCCAUUCAAGAGAAGAAUAUUAUACAUGGGAAACUGCAGCCAUUGCACUUUAUAAUGACUUUGGACAACGCUAGGUAUCCGGGACAGAACAUUCAUGCCACAAAUUAUCGUCUAAAGUUAUCUUGCUUUGGAAUCAACGAAUAUCAGGACGGGAGAGAAUUAGACCCCUCUAUCUACUUGGCACCCGAAGUUAAAAGGCACCCAAUCAAUGUCAGUAAAGCUUCAGAUGUCUACAGUAUUGGUGUAAUCUUGUUGCAACUCUGGUUCAGAAGUACGGAUUGUCUAUUUAAAGAGCAAUAUGGCAGGCUACAUUUCAAACUACCUACCGAUACAAAGGUAGCCGAGAAAAUUGAGCAGUGUUUGAAACUGAACCCACGUGAUCGACUAGUUGUUUAGACCACAUUAGUUCACGAGUCAUUUAGGAGAAAAAUCCUUUAAUGUCUGAAACUAUUUAAUGAACUCUAAGCUGCGUGCCCAGGAAAUGAUAACGUUUGAACUUUGAACUCAAAUAUUCACUAUGUAACUCGUUUUACGGGCAUACUACUUGCAUUUGUAAGCUCGUGACAAUAUGUCGACAAUUAAUCAAAGUUUGAAUCAGAAUGCAGCAGUUGAAACGAAAACCACUAGAAUCAAGUUUUGCUGUAAAAUUACAUAUUGACAUAUACGACUACACUGACAACUCAAUAGUAAGACUUGAAAUAUGUGUAUAUAUGUUUAAGAGUACAAAACAGAGAAAAUGUAGUUAGGAUAACCAGAACGCCAUCGUGGAAGGAAUCUAUAACAAAACAAUAAGCAUUGGCAUUGUGUACAUUUAUACUUGUAUCUUAUUUGGAUUUGCAAUAAAUCGUCACUACUGAAGAUAUGCCAGUCAACUUAUUCGGGGACAGUGCCUGCUACUUCCGUCAGUUUUGGAUUCGAUUUGCUAAUUCAGUUUGUGACGUUACAUGUGAUCCCCAUACAAUUGACUCCAUAAUUAUGCUUAUUGGUAUUAAUUGUACAAUUGUAGUCAAUAAUAUUCCAUUAUUUGUGUAAGAAUAGAUAUUUAAAUCCAUGCUAUGUCACUAGAAAAGUAUAUGAUCAAGAUUUUUGUCUAAGGUAGAAGAUGUGAUAGUAUGUCUCAUAUUGAGGCCUAGCGCUUUUCAAAUUUAACGUAUAUAUUCUUAAUACGACUUUUUAAAUAAAUUUAUUGCUGUUUUACAACGUGUGUUUAAAGAAUGAUAAGAUGUUUAACCUAUGUUUCGAAAAGAGGAGAAAUGUUCAUAUGAGAUAUGUUUUUUUCUAAGAACAAUUGUCUCUUUACGUCAUGCCACAAACACCAAGGACCUCAACAGAAAAAGGGAGCUGGCUCUUUAUUGUGUUAUCCUUGGUAUUUUGGAGCAUUUCAUGGGUUUUAUGAGCGCAUGAUAUAGUAUUAUACAUUAAAAUUUUCAUUCUUUUCUAUGUAAUGUUGUGAGCAAUGUGAUAUGUUUUUCCUUUGUCGAAAUAAACAUAUCAAUCGAAA